CUUUCCGAGCACAUCUAUCGCUUUACUGAUCACAAGAUAAGGGAAGGACUAGGCCCCUCCUUCGCUGCCAGGAAAUUCACUUGUUAUAUCGAGAAUGGCUCUGGAGCUAUUCAAGCUACAAAAUUACCGGGGCAUGCUGAGAUCGCUUCUUACGUGGCCCCACAACUUCUUACCCUCCGCAAAGACACACAGGGCAAUGAUGGUCUUAUCCUAGGUGGUUAUAUCGAUUACUUGGUAUGGGCUACAGUUCCUAGCAAGCCCAUCACUAAGGAAGAAUUCUGGCGGCUGCACCCAAGCCUUCCCAAGACCAUCCGUGAGAAGUUCAUGGUCCUCUAUAGUUAUUCUAAUCAAGAACAAGUGGACUCGGGUAUCACGGGUUUAAGAUCAGCCCUUCUCGCAUAUGAAGGACCAUUUACGACUCUGAUCCGCAGACUAUCAGCAAGCCAACCCGACAAUCAAGUGAAAUGGAAUGACAUUGUUUAUGCGUUGUAUGGGUUGAUCCAGGUUCCCGCAGUGUAG